AUGCCUCGCGUCCUUUUGACAGGAGGUAGUGGUUUCAUCGCCACGCAUGUUCUCGAGAUACUCCUCGCCCGUGGUCAUUCCGUUGUCACAACCGUCCGCUCCGAGCAGAAGGCCCAAGCAAUCCUACAAUCCCAUCCCGAGCUGCAAAAAGACCGUCUAGACUGUAUUAUUGUGGAAGAUAUAGGCCAGGCCAAUGCAUUUGACAAGGCUGUUGUCUCCGAGCCUCCAUUCGACGCGGUCAUCCACACUGCAAGCCCGUAUCAUUUCAAUGCCAAGGACGCAAAAGAGCUCUUUGACCCAGCCAUUAUUGGAACUACGGGUAUUCUCACUUCGGUGCAGAAAUAUGCCCCAUCCGUUGAACGGGUUGUGGUGACUUCUUCAUUCGCUGCUAUCAACAAUAUUUACGCCCAGAGCAAGGACAAGGUGUAUUCAGAGGCGGACUGGUGUCCCAUAACAGAAGAACAAGCCAACGACAGCCCCGCCAACGCCUACCGGGCAAGCAAGACAUUUGCUGAGCGUGCCGCAUGGGAUUUUAUGGAAAAAGAAAACCCUUCGUUUGAAUUAACUGCCAUCAACCCACCGCUCGUUCUGGGUCCUAUCGCCCACAGACUUGCCUCUCUAAGCGCCUUGAACACCUCCAAUGAACGAAUUCGAGACCUUAUUACCGGCGCUUCUAAAGCCCGCUGUCCACCAACUGGAAACUACGGUUAUGUCGACGUGCGCGAUCUCGCCCUUGCACAUGUACUAGCAAUCGAGAAGCCCGAAGCAGGAGGAAACCGAUUCUUUACUGUUUCGAGCCACUUUUCGAACAAAGAGAUUGCGGAAAUUAUUGGCCAGGAAUUCCCCGAGUUCCGGGACCGAUUGCCUACCGGCGAGGCUCUUGCUCCGGGUGAUUACCCGGCAGACGGAGUAUAUAGUUUUGAUAACUCACGGAGUCGAGAGAUCUUGGGCUUGAAGUUCAGGACGCUCAAGGAGAGUGUGGUGGAUGCUGUGCAUAGCUUGUUGGCCGUGGAGCCUGAAAUUACUGAGUGA